AGAAUUUUUUCGGCCAUGGGAAACCGCCAAUCCGGCGUUUCACCGGCUGUCGUACCCCGGCCUAAACACGGUUUUUUCCAUAAACUAUUCGCUAAGACUCGACUCGAUGCUACUGCCCUGGCGCAGACCUGCCCACCUCCGGUUGGAGGAGAAAUGCCGGUCGGUGAAUGUGCAAUGUUGCGAGAUCGACCCGCAUUACGAUUAGACUCUCGACUUGUAUGUAAAUACGAAAUUCUAUCCGUUAUAGGAAAAGGAAGCUUUUCACAGGUUAUGCGGGUGCAACAUCGAAUAUCUCGGAAGUACUUUGCUGUAAAACUGGUUUCAUCCGAUUGCGGUUCAGUGAAUAAUGAGCUUAAUAUCCUUAGCCGGGUAUCACAUCCGUUUGUCAUACGAUUAGAGGAGGUAUUCAAGUCCUCUUCAAGGUUGUUCAUUGUAAUGGAAAUGGCAAGCGGUGGAGAAAUGUACGAAAGGGUAGUAUCCAAGGGAAGAUACUCAGAAUCGGAAGCUCGACAGGCGCUAAAAAUGCUCCUCAAUGGGCUAGCUUACCUCCAUUCUCUGCGAAUCACGCAUCGGGAUUUAAAGCCAGAGAAUCUCCUGUAUAGUGAUGUUAGGCCUGAUGCUAGGCUAUUAAUCACAGACUUUGGUCUGGCACAUCAGGCAACUCGACCUAAUGAAACCAUGACGGAAACUUGUGGCACGCCAGAAUAUAUUGCACCUGAAUUGCUGCUUCGAGUGCCAUACACCGAAAAGGUGGACAUGUGGGCUGUUGGAGUAAUCGCCUACAUUUUGAUGUCUGGCAUAAUGCCAUUUGAUGAUGAUUGCAGAUCCAGACUCUACACUCAUAUCAUCACUGCCAAUUAUGUAUAUUAUCCGCAGUUUUGGUCGGGUUCUGAACUUGCCAAGCAGUUUGUGGACUGCCUCUUGGAGACGAAUGCUGCUGAGCGCCUGAGUGCAGUGGAUGCCGCGAGGCACGAAUGGAUGACUGGUGAGAGAGUGGUACCGAUAACGACAAUCAGGACCAGUCGACCAGGGUCCGAGUACAACAACAUACAACGGACAAAAUCGACGCGUUCCAUCCGCUCCGUCACUCGCUCCGAUCACGGACAUCGGGUUGAUCCACGCGAGGUUGAUCAACUGGCUAACGACUUGAAGCGGGCAGCACAAAGCACCAAAAACUACGGAGUCUUCUAGCCGGCACCCUCCUAUCUCAUGACUGUCUUCUAAUUGAACGCAUUCACAGACAGCGAAGCGUCAGCCAUUCGGUGAAAUGACCCGCUUCAGACAAAUUACGGGAUACUCUUUGAGCCUAUUUUCUCUAACCAGUUAUCAGGGAUUUUCAAAGUGCAGAAGUUUGCAUUUAUUGUAUAGGAAAGUAGGGUUGCGUCGAGCCCUGCAUACAGCAAACGAGUUCAUCAUUGUGGGCUCACUCGAGUGCCGCUAGGACUCUGCCCUAUCAUCAUCUCACUGCUCCCAACUAGUUCAUCUCGACGUUCUUGCUACUCUCAUGUUGUUCUGUACAUAUUAGGUGCUACAUAGGAUCC